AUGCAGUCGAGUCCGCCAACACGCGCGUGGGCGCAACCAGCAUCGCCAACGCAAUCGCAAUACUCCAUCGACCUGGCAGCGCUCGAUCUCGACUCGCGCAGUGGAGCAUCAUCGCCUGAGUUACCAGCUCCGCCGAUCGAUCGCGUACUCUCUGAAGACAUCGACGGACCCAGCGACUUCACACAAAACCUUGAGAAAUGGAUGAGGGGAGGAGGCACGAUGAACAGCAGGAUGGGCACGGUCAAACGCGGACUGAACAGUGUUAGAGAGCAGGAAGAGCAGAACCAAGGAGCGCGUAGAGCGCUUGCUCCGGCAUGGCAGCCUGCUAGGGAGGAAGACGAUCGCACGGAGAGCCACCAUACCCCGACCGACACCCCUCCCAAGGAAUCUGUAUUCGCGAGCAGCAGACAGACGGGAGGAAACAACGACGAGACUUCCGACUGGGAUCCCUACGCGGGAGCCGCGACACCACAACCGCCGCCGCAUAAGCAGGUACUGCUGCAACCGACCGUAGAGGACUACUACAGCGAGUUCACGCCUGCCCGUCCUACAUCGACAAACAACAUAUCUCAACAUCAGCAGAACCACGAGUACCGAUCACCGCAUAUCGAACAGGACAAUAUACAUGACAAGAGUCAAUUCUCGACGCCCGGUCGACCAUCCAGCGAGACCAUUUCGCCUGUGCGAUCACCAACCCGUUCUCCGGUCCGAUCACAAGUCCGCUCACCACCUCGAUCAUCUGUUCGUUCACCUGACCAUCAGUUUUCCGCGCUCCAGGACCAACUCCGAAAGCACAACGAGGAGCUCACGCGGCUAAAACAAGCUCACGCGGACAAGAUGGGACGCAUGAAGCAAGAGCUCGAGCGCCUCAAGGUCAGCCAUGCCCAUGAGCUGCAGUCUCUGGAGCAAGAUCUGGAGCUUGUGAGACGCAGCCGCGAUGAUGCUGAGGAGGAGGCGCGCAUUGCUCAAAUUGGUCUAGAGCGGGCGCGGCGUGACGUCCAGAAGAACGAGGGUUUGCACAGACAGCUCGCCGACCUUGGAGAACAGCUACGAGAGGCUUCCAGACACAACGAGGAGCUGAGCCUGGCGAAGAAGGACGCGGAGGACGCGGCGCACGUUACUGCUAACAACCUUCGUUCUGAGCUCUCACUGCUUCGCCAGACGCAGCACGAGCAGAACACACGUUUGACUGGAGAUCACAGACGCGCUGUCAGCAUGGCGGAAGAGCUACAGAAGCAACUAAAGGAGGCGCGAGAGCACUUUCGGGCUCAGCAGACGUCUCAUGAAAGCGAGUUGGAGCGAAUGCGAACAACUGGAUCCGUACCAGCGCCCGUAGAUGAUGCAGAGCUUCGUCGUCUGCGCAACGAGCUCGAGACGACGCGAGAGCAGCUUCACACGGCUAAGGCUAGCUAUCAAGAAGUCGACCAGGAAGAGAUCGACCGCCUUCGCAGCGAGCUUGACACGCGGCAAGAACAGCUCAACACGGCCAAGCUCGACCGCGACUCGCAUCAAGACGACAUGGUCGCCUUGCAGACUGCCUUGAACACCACCAUCCUGGAGCGCGACUCAUACAAGGAGCAUUCGAAGAAGUUACGAGAUGAGCUGGAGACCGCCAAACUCGACCUGCAAGACAAAGAUUCUGUCAACCAGGCGAUCGACAAGAAGAUCUCGGCCGCGCUGCACCAGCGAGAAGCUCAUUGGCGCGAGAAGCAGGAGGCUUGGGAGAAGGAGCGGAAGGUGAUGGGAAAGGCGUUGAUGCGGAUGUGGGGAAGGGAAGAGUGUGGAAUUGCGGAUGAGACUAAGGGGGAGAAGCAGAUGUAUCGGUAUAAGUUUGGGGUUGUGAAGUCGGCGAAGGCUGAUGGGGUGUUGAAGGAUGGUGGAGAUGCGACGAUUGACGAGACGACGCAAGAAGACGAGCUGCGCAAAGCGGUGGAAGCGGCCAGUGUCACAGGAGGCACGAGAGCUGGCGGCAUCGUAAAGGCGAACGGAGCCGCGAAGGCUGGAGCUCGGGCAGGGGGGAAAUAG